GUAUGACUCUGGGAAGGAUGGCUACAUCGACCUGAUGGAACUGAAGCUGAUGAUGGAGAAGCUGGGGGCCCCCCAGACCCACCUGGGGCUAAAGGAAAUGAUCAGGGAGGUGGAUGAGGACCUCGACAGCAAGCUCAGCUUUCGGGAGUUUUUGCUGAUUUUCCGCAAAGCAGCCUCAGGGGAACUGGAGGAAGACAGUGGCUUGAUGUCCCUGGCCAAGCUCUCUGAGAUCGACGUGGCCCUAGAAGGGGUGAAAGGAGCCAGGAAUUUCUUCGAAGCCAAGGUCCAUGCCCUGUCCGUGACCAGCCGUUUUGAAGCUGAGAUCAAAGCAGAGCAGAAUGCCCGAAAACAGGAGGAAGAGGACAGAAAACACCGGAGGGCUCUCUUCAGAGAACGCCAAGCCGCCUUCUCCCAGUAGCUCCCACUAGGCCGAGUGUGCUCAGAGACUUGCCUUGACUUCUACCAGCUGUGCCUUACAAGUUGGCCUGGGAGAAUGGCCAGCACCUCCUCUCCCAAGGAGGACCCACCUCUCAUUGAAUGUCCAGUGUCUUUGUUGUCCCCAGCUCUGAUCUUUCUUCUUAAGCUUCCUGUUCUUAAGUUGCCUGAAAGGGCAACUGGUAACCCUAAGACCUGAGGAAACAGUAAGGAAGGUCAAAGUCAGGGAUGGGAAGAGAUUAAUUCUGUCGACAAAGGGAACAAUUCCCUUUCUUACCUAACCACUGUUCUACUAGCCAUUGAAGGUUUCCCGGAUUUUGCCAUUUUCUUGGUGACUUGUAUUUUUCCUCUGUUUCCUCCCUUUAGCCAAACCUUUCAGGGAGGAAAUCACGCCUGGUCAUUCAGCCAAAGGUAUAGCUCUGCCAUUCUCCUGCACUCCCUUGUUCAGACUGAUUGCUUUUUUCAAGUGCACUCAUUGGAGGUCUAUACUCUUGGCUUUGAUUUAGAUUCUCCCCUUCUUCCAUCAACUCCCAAAGGCAAGGCUAAGCUGUUCAACCAUACUUCUCCCUCACCAAGUGUUUAAGGCAAGGGGGAGAGCUCCAAGAGGUAUGGAGUGGACCUCAGAAAGCCCACAGUGUUGGGAGGGAGGCAGUUCUAAAAGCCCCUCUGGUUUUUAGCCGCUCUACUCAUAGAGGUGGUUUGAAAUGGAUGAAAAGUAGCUCCAUGCCAAGGGACUCCCCUUUUACCUCUACAUGGUAAUAUUUUGUCAGAUGCCAGUUUAGAUGGGUGGAUUCAUGCAGGACACCUGAAUCUAGCCAGAACACCUGGUCAUGGUUCUGGAACUUUUAAUGCAGAGACAGGUGGGUAUGGACCCAACUUCCGUGGUCGCCAUUUAAAAAAACUCUUUGCUCCAAAGUUCACAUACUCACUCACUGAGUAUAUAAGACUUUAGAGAUGUUUCUGCCUUUUAUUCUCCUUUGUAAUUGUCCAUGGAGGAGCAAUUCUUGCACCCUUGGUAGUUUUGGUCUCUUUAAAUGGGGGUAGGGGUGGCAUCAUGCGAUAACUAUAGUGAGCAUGGAAGAAUAAUGACAAACUAAUAUUGACUAGAUUAAAGAACGACUAGAGUACUUUAAGCUCUUAUCAAUACAUAUACAUAUACUGCUUUAAAAGGCCACUCUUACCAACUCUAUUAAGAUUCACGGAGGUUUUGUAUAUCUAUUUUGUAGCUAUUCUUUUCCCAAGAAAUCAGUGUUUUCCAGCCUCUAGUUAGUUAUCCUUGCCAAAUGAACUAUGCAAAUGAAAUGUAUUCUCUCACUGGCUUGCUUCCACUCCGUUGAAUGGAUGGGAGAGCAGAAGAAUGAAUUAAGAGGGUUGGUUGGGUUUAGUCACUUGGAAUACCAACUUCCCAUGUAUGCUCAGACUCGAGGCCAGGGCUGGUUGGGUACCACUGAUCCUUGGAAACAUGGAUGGGACGUAGGAAUAGGCUAAUCAACUUGGGCUGAUAUAAGAGGCCACCAAAUACAACUCACCCACUUUUAAAGAUGAGGAAACUAAGGCCUCAAGAGGUGAAAGGACUUGUCUGAGGUUAUGCAGAUAGUAAGUAGCCUGAGCUGGGGUGAUCAUAGUAGUAAUAACAGCUAGCAUUUAUGUAGCACUUUAAGGUUUGAAAAUGUUUUACAAAUAUCUCAUUUAUCCUCACGAUAACCAAUGAUGGGAGGUAGAUGUAGUUAGUAUCCUCAUUUUACAGUUGACGAAACUGAAGCAGAGGCUAAAUGACUUGUUAGUAUAUCUGAGCCUGGAUUUGAAUUAUGAACUCAGAUCAUUCUGGUUCCAAUAUCAGCGGCAUAACCAUUGUACCACCCAAAAUCGAUGUAGGGAUCUCCCAAAGAAAGUCCUAAUGUAAUAUUCAUUGAGUAUUUACCAGGAACCUAUACCAGGCCCUAGGAAUGCCAUGAAAAAACAAGAUUGGUCCUGCCCCCCAGGAAGUCUGCGUUUGUGAGAUGCCUUCCAUCAGAGAAGAUCUCCAACUGAUCCUGUUUUUUCCUUGUUUGUAGGUAGCUGUUGGCUAGCUAUUCCCCCACCUCCUUAGACUGUAGGGUCUCUGCGGGCAGGGGCAGAGCGAUUGUACCCUCAGCUCUUAGCACUGGGCCUGGCACAAAGUAAAUGUUUAAUAAAUUCCUUUUUCUUGACUUGAAGAGGUGGGAGCCUGCGUGAACAGAAUAUUAUGUACACUGUCAAAAGAUGGUUCCCGAAUCCCUUGAUCUUUUUGCAAGGAAAGAUUCACUGAAUGGAGAGUUGGAGGUGUAUUUGGGAAAGUUUGUUAUGGGAAAACCCAAGGCACCAAUAAAGCAAAUUUGAAAAAAGUA